AAAGACACAGUUCUUACAUGGACUGUAUGUUAAGCUGCGGUGGCCUUGUAGGUGCUGGUGUCAAGACAUUAGGUAAACAGGUCCAACAGCAGCUGUGCUAAAGGUCAUCAAGGCGGGUCACCAGGCUACAGGAAGAAGCUUUUAGCCACCCUUGCUGGGCCCUGGAGAUGGUGCUGUGAACCAGGCAGACUGACCUGGGGCGCCCUUGUCCCCCACUCUAGGGCCUCUGUCCACUGCUAGUCAUAUUAGGACUGAGAGCCUAGAGCUUCCUGAGAAAAAAAGUUGACUCUCCUCUUUCCCUUCCCUGACCCUCCCAGGCACUGUGACCUCAGCAGUUCCAAGGAUCCAGCCAGGGUGACUUAGUCCUUGAGGGCUGCCAUAACAGAACACCAUAGACUGGGUGGCUUGUAAACAACACAGAGUUAUUUCUCAUAGUUCUGGAGGCUGGAAAAUCCAAGAUCAAAUCAGUGGCAGAGUCAGUAGCUGGUGAAGGUCUGUUUCCUGUUCAAAGAUGGCUGUCUUCUCGCUGUGUCCUCACAUGGGAGAAAGAGGGAGGAGGAAGCAAGCUCUCUCUCAGUGUCUCUUCUUACAAGGGCACUAAUCCCAUUCAUAAGAGCUCCGCCCUCCUGACCUGAGCAUCUCCCAAAGGCCUCCACCCCCUGAUACCAUCACAUUGGGGGUUAGGUUGCAACAUACGAAUUUUGGAAAGACAUAACAUUUAGUCUAUGGCACUGGACGUUGCUUUAUGAAGAUCCGGGACCUCCUGACAGGAGCAGGAACUGAAGGUAGCUGAAGAGAGCCUCAAUCUGAGUGAGGAAACCCCCUCUGAGCACGUGAGGAAAGGGGAAGCCUGCCUUCUGGCUGAGCCAGCAGCAAUGCAGCAAUGCUAGACCACAGGAGUGUCCUGCCACACCCAGGGACAGAAGGGCCUGAUGCAGUGUGGUGUGGUGGCCAUGAGCAGGGGUUUGGGUCCUGGUUCUGGCUUUGGCUCUUGGCUCUGCCACAUCCUGGCUGGGUGGCCCUGGCAAGUCACUUCCCUGGUUCCUCAGAUAUGUCAGUCGCUCCUACUUCAUAGAGUUGAAGUAAAGAUAAAAUGCAUAAACGCAUGCAGGGUACAUAGCACAGAGCUGUCAAAGAGCUCGGUAAUCGGGCUGUGAUGAUCCUCGCCUGGUAGAGGUGACAACAGCGGGCCCCACUUUCCCUUCUCUUGGGUCGUCACACAAGCAGUGGCUGCUCUCGUCACUGUGGAGGGUGCCUGGGCGCCGGGAGAGGCAUCCCUGUCCGGCUGUGCCAUCAGCCACCUUUGGGCUUUGGCAGUGGUGAGAAUGGGGAACUGGUUCUGCACUCCUUGCCAGAAGGUACCCCACACAGGUGAGCUCCUGACAGAAUAUGUCUUGAGCACACCAAGCUUGAAUUCCAGCCUCUGCCCUCCCCGGGGAUUCACCUGGUCCUUAUCCUCCACCUGCCUCAGCUGACCUGUUGACAGAAGAAACGUCCAAACCUGUAGAGAAGUUUUAUGAGUUUAUUCGAGCCAAACUGAUGACAUUUGCCAAGGAGCAAGAUCUCAAAUAGUCCUCACCUACCUCAGCGCACCAGCGCGCGCCCACCCUCCCUCCACAGCCAUGGUCUGGAAGAAACUGGGCUCCAGCAACUUCUCCAGCUGCCCCAAUGGCUCCCGCCAGUGGAUAUGGGACGUGUUUGGUGAAUGUGCCCAGGACGGCUGGGACGAGGCCAGCGUGGGCCUGGGCUUGAUCUCCAUUCUCUGCUUCGCUGCGUCCACCUUCCCCCAGUAUAUUAAGGCCUGCAAGACAGGCAACAUGGACCAGGCCCUGUCCCUGUGGUUCCUGCUGGGCUGGAUUGGUGGAGACUCCUGCAACCUCAUUGGCUCUUUCCUUGCUGACCAGCUGCCCCUGCAGUUCUUCCAGGUAGGAACCGUGAUUCCCCCUUUCCAGACCUACACAGCAGUGUAUUACGUCUUGGCAGACCUGGUGAUGCUGUCGCUGUACUUUCAUUACAAGUUUAAAAAACGUCCCUCUCUGUUGUCUGCCCCCAUCAAUUCCGUGCUCUUGUUCACCUUGGGACUGGCAUGUACCACCCCGCUGCUGAGCAGAGCUGGCUCUAUGGCUGCCCCAGGGGAGGUCUUCCGGGGACGGAAGCUCCUGACUGUGGAGCCAGGCAAUAAGCCCUUCACUCGGCAGGAAAUCAUUGGUUUUGUCAUCGGCUCUGUCUCCAGCUUUCUGUACCUGUUCUCCCGGCUGCCUCAGAUCCACACCAACUUCCUGCGGAAGUCCACCCAGGGGAUCUCCUACUCGCUGUUCGCCUUGGUGAUGCUGGGGAACACGCUGUACGGGCUGAGUGUGCUGCUCAAAAACCCCGAGGUAGGCCAGAGCGAGGGCAGCUACCUGCUGCACCACCUGCCCUGGCUCGUGGGCAGCCUGGGCGUGCUGCUGCUCGACGCCAUCAUCUCCAUCCAGUUCCUGGUGUACAGGAACAGCUCCACCUCCUCAGAGCACCAGCCACUCCUCCCAGGCUGACCAGGACCCAGGCCAAGCCCAGAUGACCAGGACCUCCAGACGCCACAGCAGGAAGGGAGAAGUGUGGGCAGUCACGGUGCUGCCGACCCUGGACCAGGCCACGGAAGAAGUCAGGGUGGAGGGCCUAGAACUCCCGGCCCAGCUGCCUGCCCGCACACCUCCAAAACCUCCUGGGCUGACUCUUCCAAAACCUCCUGGGCUGACUCUUCCAGAAGCCCUGACUGACUCUUCCAGUAGCAAGACGGCCCCUGGGGCCAGCCUCCCUCCCCGCCCACCACCACCACCACCUUGGGACUCACCCCCCCAGGGUCUGAGGCGGCGCCCCCUGGGAGCCUUGAGGGAGGGGCUGCAGCUGGGACCUCGUCCUUGGCUCACCUACCUCAUCCUGCUGCUCACCUGCAGCCCAGUGUACCGGGGACUGUCCUGUUGGUUGCAGCCAGUCUAGUAAAUGGUACCUCCCAGCAAUGCCUGAUCUGUUGCUCCUUCCCAAGGUGUUGGGGGUCUGAGCUGCAGUGGGUGGGGAUCUGAGCUCCACCUUCCAGGGCCCAGGUGGGGACCUAAAGGGUCCGGCUGUGGGAGAGCUGAGCAAGAGGGGACCUGGUCUGCCAGCCCGCCUCCCAGGUGCUUUUGAUUUCUUCACCCUGCUUCUGUGACAGGCUCCACACCUGGUGGCGAGGACACAGCGGUGAGAAUGACACUCCAACAGGGUCCCUGCACCUUGGUGCUCAGGAAGCAGCAGAAUGGUUAAGGUUCAGAUCUUGGUUCUGCAUCUUAGCUUCUCUGUGCCUCAGUUCCCUUACCUGUGAAAUGCGAUGGAUGACUAUUACCAUGUCGUAUAUCCUUAGAAGAUGGUGUCAUUACUGAGGUGAGCCCCAAAGUCUGGCAUGUAGUAAGAGCUCAAUAAAGGUUAGCUUUGA